AUGCCUGUUGACCCGAACCGGCCGGUUCCGCUUGUGGUGUGCCCCAAGCCUAGGGGAGAGGCUCGGGCGGAAGUUCGGGCAGGGGAAGGAAGGGGGAGGGAGAGCGGAAAGGCAUCCCCAUCUGCUGCAGUGUCUGCACCUGGCCCCUCAGCCCUGGCAGCCCGAGCCAAGAGCAUAGCCUCGGACGACAGGCUCGGCGUGGUGUUCACAGGGCACAAGGACGGGCGUGUGCUUGUAUGGAGGGUGCUGCUAACAGGAUCGGGAGCGCAGAGAACAAAGGGAGGCACAGGAAGCGGCACAGGAGGAGACACAGGCGGUGGCAUAAGAGGGGGCACAGGAGGAGUGGGGGCAUGUGCAGGAACAAAGGGAGUCAAGAGGGGGUUGGAAAUUGGGUUGCGUGACCCGCGAGUGCAGGUGGCUCUGGUGGCGGACUGGCAGGCCCAUACUGCCACUGUGACUGCUCUGGUCGUCACUCCAUACGGCGAGCUGUGGUCGGCGGGUGAUCGUGGAAUCAUCAAGGCAUGGACCCGCCUCUCCCUCACCACCGAGAUUCACCGAGCCAUGCACCAACUAGAGGAGGGUCUAGAGGAGGGUUUGGAAGGGGGGAGGCAUAGGCCAAUAGCAUCAGAUCUGCAGCAGCAGCAGCAGCAGCAGCAGCAGCAGCAGAGUGCUGACGUGGCAGGGGCGGCUCUGCCGAACCGCAUCAGCCCUGCCUGCGUGGAGCUUCGGCAGCACCGAGCCUCGUCAGGUUCGGCGGCGGGCGAGCAGGCUCGGAACGACAUGGCGGAAUCCAGCAAUCAGAGAGGAUACGGCGGGAGUGGUAGUACCAGUCAUGACACCCGCACAAGCCGUGACCCUGCUACUGCCAAUGCUGCUGCCACAACCACUGAUGGUGCUGCCGUUGGUGCUGCCGUUGGUGCUGGUGCUGGCAAUAGCACUGGUGUAUCUACCAGGGCACUAUCACCUGUACCUGAGAGCAUGCCACCUUUGCCGCCGCCUACCAUUUCAACCGCACGAGGAGCUGUGAGGGUCAUGGUGGCAGACGCGGCUACUGGCUGGGUGUGGACGGCUGGGCCUGCCUCUGCAUGCAUCUGGCUUUGGGUGGGGAUGGCUGAUGGGGGGAUAGUGGUGCUGGGGGCGAGGAAUGGGAGGAGGUUAGGUGGGUGGCCUGGAGUGCAGAAGCUGAGCCGCAAGCAGCAGCUGCAGCUGCAGCUGUAUCAGCAACAAAAGCAACAGCAGCAGCAGCAGCAGCAGCAGCAGCAGCAGCAGCAGCAGCAGCAGCAGCAGCAGCAGCAGCAGCAGCAGCAGCAGCAGCAGCAGCAGCAGCAGCAGCAGCAGCAGCAGCAGCAGCAGCAGCAGCAGCAGCAGCAGCAGCAGCAGCAGCAGCAGCAGCAGCAGCAGCAGUUUCAGCAGUACCAGCAGCAGCGUGAGCAGGAUCAGAAGGAAAGAAUCAGGAGGGAAGCGCUGUCAGAAACAGAAUCUGCACUGCACGCCGCCCUCGCCGCCCACUCCCAGGUGUUCACUAAAAGACGAAAGCUGCAAGUGGCAACCGGAACUUGGAACGUGGGGGAGGAGAAACCUGAUGGGGAGACGGUGCAGGGUUGGCUGGGGGAGGUGGCUAGAGGGGCGGAUGUGGUUGCAGUGGGGUUGCAAGAGGUGGAGAUGGGUGCAAGGGCCAUUGCGCUUGCUGCAGCAAAGGAAUCGGUUGGGACGGGUUUGCAGGAGAAGGAGAGCGGUGCUGCGCAGGAGUGGACUGCGGUUAUUCGUAAGGCCCUUGCUUCUGCUGGUGCUUCUGCUGGUUCUGUAGCCGGUUCUGCUGGUGGUUCUUCUGGUUUGACUGGUUCCUCUGAUCCUUCCUCUGUCUAUGCCUCCUCCUCCUCCGCCUCCUCUUCCUCCUCCUCUGCUGCUGCUGCCUCUGCGGAUGAUGUUUUUGUGCGUAUCGCGUCGCGACAGCUGGCGGGCAUGCUGCUGACAGUGUGGUAA